AUGAUCUAUGCCAUGCGCGACAGAUCUCGUUCUCCUCGUGGUGACCGUGGUCGUCGUUCUCGAAGUCCCCGUCGGUCUCGUCGUUCAUACUCUCGCAGUCGCUCUCUCAGCCGUGAAGAUUAUCAUCGCAGCGAGCGAAGAGAUAGAUCUCCCAUGAGUGGUGUCGGUGGAGCUUCUGGAGGACACUCGGGAUCUGCGUACGGUGGACGAGGAGGCCCACCAUCCGGAAGAUCGUUCGAGGAUCGUUCAGCGGCACGAGAACAUAUGAUGCAGUCUGUUCGAGACUCUUCUCAGCAAGACCGCCGAGUCUAUGUUGGCAAUUUAUCGUAUGAUGUGAAAUGGCAUCAUUUGAAAGACUUUAUGCGACAGGCUGGAGAAGUUCUCUUUGCCGAUGUUUUGUUACUUCCGAAUGGAAUGUCCAAGGUGGGCGCCAAUGCGAUUGUGGAAUAUGCGACGAGGGAGCAAGCUCAGCAUGCAGUGAAUACGCUCAGCAACCAGAACCUCAUGGGUCGCCUAGUUUACGUUCGAGAGGACCGCGAAGCCGAACCUCGUUUUGCUGGACAACAGAGAGACUCGGGCCCCAGUAGAGGCGGCCCCGGAGGCGGUGGCGGAGCUGCAGGUCGACAGAUUUAUAUCAGCAAUCUUCCUUUCAACGUUGGUUGGCAAGACUUGAAGGACCUCUUCCGUCAAGCUGCUCAACAAGGCGCUGUCAUUCGAGCCGAUGUCCUAAGUGACCCAAGCGGACGCCCCAAGGGCUCGGGUAUCGUAGUAUUCGAGUCACCUGAGGAUGCCCGUGUUGCUAUCCAGCAAUUCAAUGGUUAUGAUUGGCAGGGACGCAUCCUUGAGGUUCGCGAAGAUAGAUACGCUGGUGGUGGAGGUGGCUUUGGCGGCGGCUUUGGCGGUCGCGGCGGAUUUGGAGGUGGUUUUGGCGGCCGUGGUGGCUUCGGUGGUCGCGGUGGCUUUGGAGGACGAGGUGGUUUCGGAGGACCAGGAGGCUAUGGAAGAGGUGGUUUUAGCGGCGGCGGCGGUGGUAACUAUGGCGGCGGUUUCGAUUCUACUCCUGCCCCUCCACCCGGACCGCCUAACCCUUUUACUGACUACGCUACCUCUGGCGGUGAUAAGAGUGCUGUGAUCUAUGUUCGCAACCUUCCUUGGUCUACUUGUAACGAAGACUUGGUGGAUCUAUUUACUACGAUUGGUAAGGUUGAACGUGCAGAGAUUCAGUACGAAGGAAAUGGCCGCUCUCGCGGAACUGGCGUCGUCGAGUUUGAUAGCCCGGAGACCGCAGAGACCGCAAUCUCCAAAUUCACUGGUUACCAAUACGGUGGUCGUCCUUUGGGGAUCACAUUUGUCCGAUAUGUUCAUCCUCCUGGUGCAGGCGACGCUGGGGACGCGGGUGACGAAUCGGCUGGCAUCACCCAGGACCAGAUCAUGUAAUCUGAAAUUAUCACGUUGAUUUAUUGCUUUAACAACACUUCCUUUCUUCUUGAGAGCCAGUAGUGGAUCAAGUUGCGGAUUCUUUGCUGUUUACGCGAGCUUAAUUACCUCACGUCCCCUGUCUAUUUCGGUGCUUUUAUUCUACUUUCGCUUUCGAUCGCCUUGGGAAAUUUGCUUCUGCGCAAAAGGAAAAUUAUAAGGUUGCAUUGUAAAAGAUCAUGGUGUAUUGUGUGUACGAUACGAUAUCCCCAGCCUGAAUUUGACUCAUUUUUCCUUUGAUCGAGAUCCUGUAGUCAGUAUUUUAAGGGAACAUGUAUACUCGAGUGACUGACAGAGAUCGAUUUGCCAGGUAAUCCACUCAUC